UCACUCCUGAAGACAGCCUCUGGGUCUCCCACUACAGAAAAGAUUUUCAAACAUGAAGUCUUCUUUUAUCUUGCUAUUUAUACUAUUUCCUUGUAUAUGUACCAACAGAAUGGAUAAAGUUGAAGACUUUUCAAUUACUCACUCACCAGAUGAAACAAAAUCUAGAUUUGCGAUGCUUGAUGAUGUCCGAAUCCUCGCCAAUGGCCUUCUUCAGUUGGGCCAUGGACUAAAAGAUUUUGUACACAAAACUAAAGGCCAGAUUAAUGACAUAUUCCAGAGACUCAGCAUUUUCGACAAAUCUUUCUAUGAGCUUUCCUUACAGACCAACCAAAUCAAAGUAGAAGAAGAGGAGCUCAAGAAAACCACUACAAUCCUAAAGAUAAAAAAUGAAGAAGUCCGGAACAUGUCCCUUGAAAUUAAUUCCAAAAUUAAUGAAAUCAUAGAUGAUCGAACAAGUCUGGAAAGUAAAGUUGGAGGGCUGGAACAGAAGCUGAAUGGGCUUACGCACAAUCUACCUUUGCCAAAUGAAUUGAAAGAAAUUUCAACUCUUAAGGCAAUCAUUGAAGGUCAGGAGAAAAAUAUAAGAGAUCUUGUUAAGGUUGUUCAUGAACAACAUACCCAGCUAGACCAACAAAAAACCCAAAUUAAAGACCUGGAGGAAAAGCUCAGCUACCCCACUUUACAGGACAACAUCGACAACUCCGUUUCUGCGGUGAAUACGGAGCCAGACGUCAUUCCAUACCUAAUGAUGAACACCACUAAUAACAUGACCUCAGACAAAAACGAUCCCCCUACAGACUGCAAUGCAAUCUACCUCAGUGGUCAAACUACUUCAGGAAUUUACGCUAUCAAGCCAAAUCAAUCAGAACCAUUUCACGUUUACUGUGAGAUGACAGAAGAGGGCGGUUGGACAGUCAUCCAGCACCGGAUGGAUGGGUCAGUGGACUUUGACCAGAACUGGGAUAAAUACGAACAAGGCUUUGGAAAGCUUGAAAGUGAAUUCUGGCUAGGCCUUGAAAAAACCCAUGCCAUUUCUAGACAAGGAGAGUAUAUACUACACAUUGACAUUGAAGACUGGAAAAAUGAAAAGUAUUUUGUAGAAUAUAUUUUCAGACUGAGUGGCAAGGAGUCAGACUACACCAUCCAUCUACAUCAGGUUGCAGGUGACCUGCCCAUUUCAACAAACGACCAAACGGGAAUGAAGUUCUCCACCAAAGACAGAGACAAUGACAAGAAAGAUGAUUUCAAUUGUGCACAAAAUUAUUCUGGUGGGUGGUGGUUCAAUGCUUGUGGUGAUUCGAACCUGAAUGGAAAAUUCAUCCGGGUACGUCCAAAGGGUCGCCUUGAAAGACGCAGAGUGGUUAACUGGAAACUCUCAAAAGGAAAUUCUUUAUACUUAAAGUCAACUAAAAUCAAGAUUCGUCCUUCUGAUACUGGAACACUCGAUCGCCCAUCUUAACUGAUUUAUGAUUCUCACAGUCAAAAAGGUGGAAAAUUAGACAUCCAAAUUGUGGGUAGAAGCUUAUUAUUCACAUUAUGAAGUGAUUCUAAAACUUUAUCUGUGGAAACAUGGCCUGGUUUUAAAAUGUGAUACUGCUGACAACUUGGUAUUUUAGCUCAUCUUGUGGGAAGGAACCAGAACCAGAAAAGCAUAAUUUUCUUACUUACGUACUUACCAUAAUAGGACCAAAUACUACGCAAGAUGAAAAUCCCAAAAAUAUACUCUUCAGAGGAUAUAAAGCUAAACUGUUGCUAAGUUAACACAGUAACAUUACCUAAUUAUUUAUAAAAAUACUUUAGGAAGAGACCAGAGGUACCAUGCUGAAUGCGCAUGUUUUAGCAACUAUUUCUGCCCUAUCUGUCAACAACAUUUAUAGUUACCUCAAAGCAUAUAUUUCAUAAUAUGCAUACUACUUGGUAUCUUUGGCUCCUGCUGCAGAAAUGUCAGAACCACUCUGAAGCUCUACUAGAAGGAAACCAUACUGUCAUUCCAUCUCUGGAUAAUACAAAUUAGGGUCAAAUCCAUAAACAUUUAGCCUCAUGCUGUCCAUAAACUACAUGAAUGUAGAUUUAUUAACAUUUAGACAUGAUCAUAGAAUGGGGGAUGUAAAUGACAAUUUAUCAGUAUGACAGUGCCCACAACAAAAUGUGUGUGUGUGUGUAUAUAUAUAUAUAUAUAUACACACACACACACAGACACACACACAUAUAUUAUAUAUAUAUAUAUAUAUAUAUAUAUAUAUAUAUAUAUAUAUAUAUAUAUAUUAUAUAUAUAUAUAUAUAUAUAAAAUAAUAUAUAAACAAAGCAGAGGCAACAUGCCUUAUGCUCUCAAUACUCUUGAAUGUAAUUUGUAAACCAAAAAAUUGUGCAGUUAUUAUCAUUAAUAAACGCAAAAUAAAAAUUAUGAAUAAUUCUUGCAGCAAUUCACCUAAAUUAAAUGAACGUGUUAUACACUGUCAAUACUAAAUGCCCAUAGCAUUUUCAACUCCAUAAUAAAUAUGCUGGUACUCUACAAAUCAAGGGCAAAAACAAUUACUGACAUCUUUAAAUUCAUAGUCAAAAACAUGUUAGAUUAAAAUUCACACACAGUUGUAUAUCCACCAAGUCACCCACACAUCUAGAAGUCAGAAGUUACAGGUUUUGAAACUCUGUUAUAUGUAUGUUUAAUCCUGUAAUUUCCAGCAUAGAAAUGAAUGAGUAAAACUGAUCUGAUUUGAGGCCUAUGGUAUCUCUCUACAGAGACUAGACUGCAAGUGAGGAAAAAAAAGGCACUAAACUAAAAAUAAAAUUUCACACAAAUAUACCGCAACAAAAUUUUACAAAGCUUACUAAAGCUAUAAAGAAUGAAACUAAAUCAUAAAUAUUAAAAAAUGCAUUCAAGCAAAUGUUAAAAAGUAUAUAUUUUGCUCUGUUUUAAAACCUUUGGGAUACCAGUAUGCACAUUUUGAAUGGAUUCAAGUUAAAAUUUAAUGCAAAUGCAUUUUUCUGCCAUUUGAAAGGAAGACAAUAAAAACAAGAACUGAUAGACAGAUCCAGAUUAGCUAAUAAUUGACAGCUGGUUAACACAAACAGUUUAAACUGAUAAACUGAACUGCAGACUACUGAACUGCAGACUACAGCUUUUUAAAUGAUGAUAAACAGAACUGCAAGUUGUUGUUGCACUUUUUUGCAAAUAGAAGGCAGACUUGUUGCCUGAAAGCCAAUAAAAAUCCUGAUUUCACAAUUCUUUAUUUUUAACUAGACGUUUCUGACUACAGAAGCACAUGGUGUUUUGCACUAACCUCCAUCAAACAAAAAUAAAA